AUGACGGGUCUUUGUGGUCACAAUGAUGGAGGUUUCAAAUCACCCGUAGCCCGUGGUUCGGGGUUCGGUUGUGUUGAAUGGGAAUUUCCUGGCGUUUUCGGGUGUACAGCCGGCGCCAGCACCAUCCUGCCCCCAGCAUGUGUGGAGGUAGGAGAGCUGUGUCCGACGCCCACUGACGGGGUGCAAGCAUGCUAUUCCGACGCCCCUUACUGCAUCACCAUGUCCCUAUCUUGGAGCGGCUACUUCUACACUCACUGGGAGUGCAAUACGCAACCGGUCAACCCAAUCCCGAUCAUGGCCACCCCAACCAUCACAGGUCCUGGUGAAGUAUCGACGCGAUACCUCGACGCAGCCCCUUGGGUACCUGGCCCAGCAUCUCCUACCGCAAGUCCGUCGGGAGGCAGCGGUGGUAGUGGACACUCCAGCAAUUGGGGCGGCUCAAAAACUAAAACCUGGGAACGUCAGAAGCAGCGGGAUCAAGGGUUCGGGCAUCACCGGGACCUGAUGGUGCGCAGGAAUGGCGACAUGAUGAGUGUGGCGGGGGAUAUUGAACGGGGGAGGGGGUGA